UGCGUGACUGCCAAGGGGGGGUGGGCAGAGGGUGGAGAGGAAUACAGGGACAUCUAGAAGCUUCUGAAUCCCGUCACAGCUGUGCGGAGCUGGGUCGGCAGUGUAUAUAGAGGGAGUCCGCAGGCAGACAGCGAGCGUCAUCCCAGGGCACUGGCACAGAGGCAAAAUGUCUAAGGGUCCAGCAGUCGGCAUCGAUCUGGGCACCACCUACUCAUGUGUAGGCGUCUUCCAGCAUGGCAAAGUGGAAAUUAUUGCCAAUGACCAGGGUAAUCGUACCACGCCCAGUUAUGUGGCCUUCACCGACACUGAGAGACUCAUCGGGGAUGCAGCAAAGAAUCAAGUGGCCAUGAACCCAACCAACACAGUAUUUGAUGCCAAGCGCCUGAUCGGCCGCCGUUUCGAUGACCCUGUUGUACAGGCAGACAUGAAGCAUUGGCCAUUUACAGUGAUAAAUGACGGCGGGAGACCCAAAAUGCAGGUUGACUACAAAGGGGAGACAAAGACUUUCUAUCCUGAAGAAAUAUCCUCCAUGGUCCUGGUAAAAAUGAAAGAGAUCUCUGAGGCUUACCUUGGAAAGACAAUCAAUAAUGCGGUGAUUACAGUCCCGGCGUACUUCAAUGAUUCCCAGAGACAGGCCACCAAAGAUGCUGGAACCAUUUCGGGACUUAAUGUUCUACGUAUCAUCAAUGAGCCUACUGCAGCUGCCAUUGCUUACGGCUUGGACAAAAAGGUUGGGGGUGAAAGGAACGUCCUUAUUUUCGACCUUGGUGGUGGCACAUUUGAUGUAUCCAUUCUUACCAUUGAAGAUGGUAUAUUUGAAGUUAAGUCUACAGCGGGUGACACUCACUUGGGCGGUGAGGACUUUGAUAACCGCAUGGUUAACCAUUUCGUUGGAGAAUUCAAGCGCAAACACAAGAAAGAUAUCACGGAGAACAAGCGUGCCAUACGUCGCCUGCGUACAGCUUGUGAACGUGCCAAGCGUACCCUGUCUUCCAGUACCCAGGCCAGUAUUGAGAUUGACUCUCUAUUUGAAGGCAUUGACUUUUACACUUCUCUAACCCGAGCACGCUUUGAGGAGCUCAAUGCAGACCUCUUCCGUGGCACUCUAGAGCCAGUGGAGAAAUCCCUCAGGGACGCCAAGCUGGACAAGGCCCAGAUUCAUGACAUUGUUCUGGUUGGUGGGUCCACACGCAUUCCAAAAAUACAAAAACUCCUGCAGGACUUCUUCAAUGGAAGAGAACUCAAUAAGAGCAUAAACCCUGAUGAGGCUGUCGCCUACGGAGCUGCUGUUCAGGCUGCCAUCUUAUCUGGAGACAAGUCUGAGAACGUUCAGGAUCUUCUGCUGUUGGAUGUGACCCCUCUAUCCCUUGGCAUCGAGACGGCUGGAGGGGUCAUGACCGUGCUCAUCAAACGUAACACCACUAUACCCACCAAACAGACCCAGACCUUCACCACCUACUCUGACAACCAGCCCGGAGUGCUCAUUCAGGUAUUCGAGGGUGAGAGAGCCAUGACCAAGGACAAUAACCUUCUUGGAAAGUUCGAGCUGACCGGAAUCCCACCUGCUCCUCGUGGUGUUCCCCAAAUUGAGGUGACCUUUGACAUUGACGCCAAUGGGAUUAUGAAUGUGUCUGCGGCAGAUAAGAGCACCGGCAAGGAAAAUAAGAUAACCAUAACCAAUGAUAAAGGCCGCCUGAGCAAGGAAGAUAUUGAGCGUAUGGUACAAGAGGCCGACAGAUAUAAAGCUGAAGACGAAAUCCAGAGGGAGAAGAUCGCUGCCAAGAAUUCACUGGAGUCUUUGGCCUUCAACAUGAAGAGCACAGCUGAGGACGAGAAGCUGAAAGAUAAAAUAAGCCCAGAGGACAAGCAGAAGAUCCUAGACAAGUGCAACGAGGUCAUCUCCUGGUUGGACAGGAACCAAAUGGCUGAAAAAGAAGAAUAUGAACAUCAACAGAAGGAGCUUCAGAACCUGUGCAACCCAAUUAUUACCAAGUUAUACCAAGGAGCUGGUGGGCCUGGGAUGCCCGGAGGGAUGCCAGGUGGCUUUCCCGGAGCUGGGGGCAGUUCAGCGGGCGGCUCUUCUGGACCCACCAUCGAAGAAGUCGAUUAAUAACCUCCCCCAACCCCGUGUGAAGCAGGUGUCACAGCACAUUCCCCAUUCAACAUGCUUUAUAGUCAUCAUAAUGUAGAUCCUGCUUUAUAAUGUAGCCAAGGAGACUGUUAUAUCUGUAUACGACCAGAGUAGCCUGCAACCACCUUCCACUGUAUAGGUACUGUAUAUAAUGCAGUGUUUGUACUCUCUGCACUCUACUCUCUUAUACCCAGUACUUGUCACGAUGUUUGAGACCUACGAUCCUCAAUCCUUUUUCCUGUUGUCUGACAACGAUAACAAGAGUCUUCCAUACUUGUUGCUGUAUACCCCUGAAGAAUGGAAGCCAUGACUGGCGUCAUAGAGACGCUGAACACUGUAGAACGUCUCCUACACUUGUUCUAAGAAGUUUCCAGAUUUAUUUUGCCAAAGAUACAAGAUGAACAAUUUCAGAGAGGCAGCUACAUUAGUCAUACAGGCUAGGGUAAACCAAAAUGGCAACCUUCAUCUGCUCCACUUCACCCAGUCAAGGUGACGUCUUACAAGGUGACGGUACUCCGCCCCUAAACAUCUUAUCCCGUAUCCAAAGAAUAGAGGAUAAGAUGUCUGAUCACGGGGGGGACCCCCGCGAUCUCUGUGCCACACCAGACAUUCAUUUAGAAAGCUGGGUAAGGGCGGCAGGGUCCUGACGUUACGGCCAUGCCCCUUGUGAUGUCACACCACACCCCCUCAAUGUAAGUCUAUGGGAGGGGGCGUGGCGGACGCCACGCCCCCUCCCAUAGACUUUCAUUGAGGGUGUGUGGUGUGAUGUCAUGGUGUGAUGUCAUGAGGGGUGUGGCCGAAACAAAAUGUUUCGAACGCUGGGGGAGCGGAGUACCCCUUUAACCUUUCGGCAGCCUCCUGCUAUAUUGUAUUAAGGGGUACUCCGGCAGAAAACUUUUUUUUUUUUUUUUGUUAAUCAACUGGUGCUAGAAAGUUAAACAGAUUAGUAAAUUACUUCUAUUAAAAAAAU